CUUCUCGUUCCUCUGUCUCUCUGUCGGUCUGUCUGUCUGUCUGUCUGUCCCUCUCUCUCUCUGCCUUCACGAUCUUCGCCGUGCGAGGUUCUGUUGGUGUUGUUGCGCUUUGGCCUCGCUGCUCGAGGCUGCUGCUUCUGCUGCAUCUGUUGUUGUUGUUGUUGUUGGUUGUGGUGGUGCGAGCAAUUCUUGCGAGCGGAAGAGGCAAAUGUUGUGGACGAGGAAGCGCGGCGGAGACGCGAGGUGAUUUGAGGGAGGGUGCAGGCGCAGAUUUGAGUUGGGGCGAUUGGAAUCGAGAGGGCAGGCUCGUCGUCGUCGGGCGGGCAGGUUGUGAAGUCUGGGGGGAGGCGGCCGGGAUUCUGAUGGAAUUUGGGAAUUGUGCGAGUUGGUAGAGAGCUGCUCGCGACGUGGUCGGUGUGCCGGGGCGGGGGCGAGACGCGUGACGGGGAGGCAAUUGGGAUUGGGAUCGGAAUCGGGCCUGAGGAGGAGGUGACUAGUGGGCGAAGCAGAAACGCGGCGUGAGUUUUCGUGGAAUCGAGCGCGGUCGCGUGGUGAUCGCGCUAGGGUUGAGGGUUUCUACUGCAUCCUGCUGCUCCUUGUCUUCUCCGCGACUGUAUCGGGACGACGCGGUGAGGCGCAGGCGCAGGGCCGGGGCUGGGCAGGUUGGGGCAAAAAGAUAUGAGAUUUAGUACGAGAUAAGAAGCUGUCUCUGGUAUAGGCAGGGGCAUCAGGCCUGGGAAGCGGGGUGGGGGUUACAUAGUUCCAGUGCGGAGUGGGCCCUUACAGUUUAUCGACACGGCCGCCUUUCGCGCCAUGAGCCUCUUUGGGCUGGGCAGGAAUCAACGGACAUUCCGCCCUAAAAAGAGUACCCCGUCAGGCAGUAAGGGGGCGCAGUUACGUAAGCACAUCGAUGCUACUUUGGGAAGUGGAAACUUGAGGGAGGCCGUGCGCCUUCCUCCUGGAGAAGAUCUAUAUGAGUGGUUGGCAGUCAACACUGUUGAUUUCUUCAAUCAGGUCAAUCUUCUGUUUGGCACGCUGACGGAGUUUUGUACUCCUGAGAAUUGCCCAACAAUGUCUGCCGGACCAAAGUACGAAUACAGAUGGGCGGAUGGAGUGCAAAUCAAGAAACCCUUGGAGGUUUCGGCUCCGAAGUAUGUAGAGUAUUUAAUGGAUUGGAUUGAGGGUCAGCUGGACGAUGAAUCUAUUUUUCCUCAAAAACUUGGAGCACCUUUUCCAGCUAACUUCAAGGAGGUGGUUAAGACCAUUUUCAAGCGUUUGUUUCGAGUCUACGCUCACAUCUACCACUCGCAUUUCCAGAAGAUUGUUAGUCUCAACGAAGAGGCACAUUUGAACACCUGCUUCAAGCACUUCAUACUCUUUACUUAUGAGUUCUCAUUGGUGGACAAGAAGGAGCUUGCACCCUUGCAGGAGCUUAUAGAUUCGAUCCUGUUGCCCUAUUAGAAGUUUCUGGUCACACGUUUGGCGAUCUAUGAUGAACUGAAAGUUCCUAUAAUGGUCAGAAUUUGUGUGAUACGAAGGAGAUAAACACCUGCACUUUGAUAUAUCAUGGUUUACGAACCAGUUUGGGCCAGGGUUGUAUAAGAGUUUGGCCAUCAUGGUAAGGGUAUGAGCGAAAAGAGGCAUGUGCCCACUGAAAGAUUGUAGCGAAAAGCAGGUGGAUGCUGGACCCAAAAAGUCUUGAAAAGUCCCCUAAGCUUGUAUGUGUAUAACUCCAAGAUGAUUGUAUAAGAAACCGAUUGAUUCUUAGUUCUUUGUGUUCUC